GUUGAAUGAAGUGUUUUUUUUAGUUUUAGUCCAUAGUAAAUUAAAUCUCAAUUAUGGACAUUAUUUGUAAAAUAAUUCAGAAUAUUAUUUAAAACCGUGAUCUUUUUGGAUUAAUUGGUGCAUACGUAAUUAAAGAUAUGUCGUUGCUUUGUUUGAAGGCCUGGAAGUUUACGCCGAAAAGUGCGACUGCGCACUGGCCAAAUUAGUAGUGUGAAAGAAAAUGGCGAUCAGCGAAAGGCGUCCGGAGUUAACGUGAUGAAAAACAUUGUUAAAAGCUCAAUUACAUAGUGUUAUAGUUUAAAUUGUGUCAGAUGUAGAUUAAUUAAGUGUUAAUGAAUAGUGAUUGUGUAUAAAAAUGGCUGCGAACAUGUACAGAGUCGGCGACUGCGUCUAUUUCGAGACGUCGCCGAAGUCUCCGUACCAGAUCCGGCGGAUAGAGGAACUGAACAAAACCGCAUCUGGGAACGUUGAGGCUAAAGUCAUGUGCUUCUACAGGCGGCGGGACCUGCCCAACCCCCUUAUACAGUUAGCUGAUAAGCAUCAAAUGGCCCAGUCAGAAGACUCACCGGUCGCGAUGAAACUCAAGAAAAUAUGCCUUAAAACGCCGGUUGGCGAGGAACAGGCGGCGCAAGCAGUCCUUGAUCCUGCGCUUGCGGCAAUGGAGGAGGAAUCUACGGAACUACCAGGCACGGACGGGCUGGCGCCGAAGCAGCGGCACCAGGCCAAGCACCGCGAGCUGUUCCUCUCGCGGCACGUGGAGACGUUGCCGGCGACGCACAUACGCGGCAAGUGCACUGUCACGCUGCUCAACGAGACAGAGUCGCUUCUCAGCUAUCUCAAUAAGGAUGACGCAUUUUUUUAUUGUUUAGUAUUUGAUCCUUCACAAAAGACUUUAUUAGCAGAUAAGGGAGAAAUCAGAGUUGGAAGUAGAUAUCAGACUGAUGUAACUAAUUUAUUAAAAGAAGGCGAAGAAGACCCACGGAACAGUGAGGAGUUAGAAACACUAGUGUGGACCCCGGUGCACGGGCUGACGGACCGGCAGAUAGACCAGUUCCUGGUGGUGUCGCGCUCCGUGGGCACGUUCGCGCGCGCGCUCGACUGCUCCAGCAGCGUCAAGCAGCCCUCGCUGCACAUGUCCGCUGCGGCCGCCAGCCGCGACAUCACUCUGUUCCACGCCAUGGACACCCUGCACAAAUCCGGCUACAGCAUAGAAUCGGCUCUCUCGUCCCUGGUGCCGGCGUCGGGCCCCGUCCUGUGCCGGGACGAGAUGGAGGAGUGGUCGGCGUCAGAGGCCAACCUCUUCGAGGAGGCGCUCGACAAGUACGGCAAGGACUUCGCCGAUAUACGACAGGACUUUCUGCCAUGGAAGACGCUGAAGAACCUGGUGGAGUACUACUACAUGUGGAAGACGACGGACCGCUACGUGCAGCAGAAGCGGGUGAAGGCGGUCGAGGCGGAGUCCAAGCUGAAGCAAGUGUACAUUCCCAACUACAACAAGCCGAACCAGGCGCUGGUGAGCAGCAGCAAGGCGGGCGCGGUGCUCAACGGCGGCACCAACGGCACCAGCGCGCUCGCCAGCCACUGCGCUUCUUGUCAAGUGACAAGCUCCAACCAGUGGUACUCGUGGGGGCCGGAGCAUUUGCAGUACCGGCUGUGCGGCUCGUGCUGGCAAUACUGGAAGAAGUAUGGCGGGCUUAAGACGGCGGGCGUAUUCGGGGAGAGUGAAGUGGAGGCGGCGAAGGGCCCGCGCGACGGAGACGACACCGCGCUGUCGGUGUCCCAUCGUCCGCAUCGCUGCGCCGUGCCCAACUGUGGGAAGGAGUUCAAGCUGCGCGCGCACCUGGCGCGCCACAUGGCCACGGCGCACGGCGGCGGCGAGGGCGCGCGGCCGGUCAUGAAGACGCGCGCUGCGUUCUAUCUGCGUGCGUCGCCGUUCACGCGCCUCGCCCGCCGGCUGUGCCGCGCGCUGCGGAGACCUCGCCACUUCGCGCGCUCGCCCUUCUCGCCUAUCAAUCUGCAGCAGGUCAAGCACGAAUGCGGGGUGGCGAUGGGCGGGCUGGGCGGCGCGGAGAUGCGCGCGGCGAGUGCGGCGAGUGCGGCGAGUGCGGCGGGCGGCGGCGCGCGCGCGCGCGGGCCGGUGAGCGCGGUGGCGGUGCGGCUGGCGGCGGCGCGCGGCGCGUCGGUGGCCGCCGCGCACGCGCGCGCGCACGACUGGCUGCUGCUGACGCCGAAAGACCGCAUGCCUGCGCCCGCACACGUAGCUUUCCCCAAGCCUCCCAAGGCGCCUGACGGCAGCCUGGUGUACGAGCGGGUGUCGUCGCGCGCGGAGCUGGAGGCGCGCCGGGCCUCGCCCGCGCCCACACUCAAGCGCCGCGCAUACGACGAUAUCAACGGACUCGACAGAGCGGGCACGCCCCGCUCGGCGUCGUCGGCGCCGCCGGCCAAGCGCCCCAACAAGCACCCGGCGCCCAUGCAGCGGCCCUCGCGCGAACAGUACGCCGCCAUGUGUGCGCGCGCGCAGGCCACCGGACAGCCGCUGCCCAAACACGUGUUCGCGCAUGUGAACGGCAAGCCGACUAACAUAACUGGUCGCGGCGGUCGGCGCCACGUCAUCUCGUGGAUGGACGCGCCCGACGACCUCUACUUCAGAGCGACCGAGACCGCCAAGGCCGCCCGGCGAACGCUGAGCUGCGGCGAGCUGCGGCGCGGCGCGCGCGCGCCGUGGCGGGCCGUACGCGGCGCCGCGCUGUGCGCCGCCAAGCUGCCUUGUGCGCCGCCCGCCGCCUCGCCGCUACAACUCGUCAUCCUAGACUGACAGGUUACUCUCAUCUCUUCUGUGACGACGCGAAGCUCGCGGAGCCGCCGCGCCCGCCGCACACGCCGCACCCCUACACCAUGGAGGCGCUGCUAGGCUAGUGACGUCACACCGCUCGUGACGUCAUCGCGCCCGCGCCCGCCCAACCUCUGUUGUAUAUUCGUGAUGUAAAUACCUCCGCCCGCCACUCGAUCGCGAGACGGUAACAUUAAAAACGAAGAUUGUAUUUUUGGUAAUCGAAUCGCCGAGAAUGGAUUCUGUAGAUAAUAUUUUAAACUAUAUUGUUCUUAUGUGGUUUGAUCUGGCGUCGAGCAAAUAAUGUAUUUGAUACAUAAAACGAUAUGUAAGUCUAUUUCAUUCGGAGAUUCAUUGUAGGAUAAUUUACAAUUUUUUUCAUAAAUAAAGCACAAAUUGAAAUA